AUGCAUAUCGAUCCAUCACUCCCUCUCCAAAUGCUAAAUCCUCAUCGACAGAAUUAACCUUUAUUCCGCAAUUGUUAAAAGUAGUUAGCGAAUUAGGUACGACACGUGUGCAUGAGAUCCCGAAUUGAAACCGUGGCCCAUGGAGUCAUCAUCAUCGCUAUAAAAGGAAAGGCGAAGGCGAUCGGUAAUGGCCUCUUCUUCUUCUUCCCCCUUCCUCUGCUCUCUCAUCUCCUCGCUCGGCCGGCUCUAACCGGCAAGACAUGGGAAGGCAGCCUUGCUGUGACAAAGUAGGACUGAAGAAGGGGCCAUGGACGGCGGAAGAAGACAGGAAGCUCGUCAAUUUCAUCCUCACCAAUGGCCAUUGCUGCUGGAGGACUGUCCCCAAGCUCGCAGGGCUUCUGAGGUGUGGAAAGAGUUGCAGGCUCAGGUGGACCAAUUACCUCAGGCCUGACCUCAAGCGAGGACUGCUUUCCGAAGCAGAGGAAAAAUUGGUCAUCGACCUCCACUCUCAGCUGGGAAACAGGUGGUCCAAGAUCGCGUCGAAUCUUCCCGGGAGGACGGACAACGAGAUCAAGAACCACUGGAACACCCACAUCAAGAAGAAGCUGGGGAAGCUGGGGAUCGACCCCUCGACUCAUAGGCCUUUGACAGCCGCCGCCGCCGCCGCAGCCGCGAGUAAUGAAAGCGAUGAGGCUGGUUCCGACGUAGCGUCGCCUGGCUUCUGCAUUGACGAGGUGCCCAUGGUUCGUGAAGACGAGAUCGUACAGUUUCCGUGCAUGGAGUGGCCGGAGGAGGAUGAGCUGAGUGGGUGGGACUGCACCAUAUAUCCCUGAUCAGGAAGCAGCUGCAGCAGUGUCGAGGAUCUUCGGAUCGGGAAUUCAUGGAGAUUUCAGCUUUUUCUAGUUAGCUUUGUGAUUGCGUAUAGAAAUAAAGAGGAAGCAGAUUGAAGGAGAGAUCUUGUUUUUUUUUUUUUAAAAUUAUUAUUGUGCAGGAGGUUUUGGAGUGUCCAGGUCAUGCAUGACGUAAUCUGUUAUGACUUCAGGGUUUC